CUGGGAACAGCUCAAGGGGUCACCAUGCUCUUCAUAAUCACGGCCCUUCUCUGCUGUGCAAUUUCUUUUGCAGGACUGUGCAAUGGGGUAUUGACAGAAGAGACUGAAAUUAUCAUGCCAACCCCUAAGCCUGAGCUGUGGGCAGAGACCAACUUCCCUCUGGCCCCGUGGAAGAACUUAACACUCUGGUGCAGAAGCCCUUCUGGCUCAACUAAGGAGUUUGUGUUGCUGAAGGAUGGGACUGGGUGGAUUGCAACUCGCCCUGCCUCAGAGCAGGUCCGGGCUGCCUUCCCCCUUGGCGCCCUGACCCAGAGCCACACCGGGAGCUACCACUGCCAUUCAUGGGAGGAGAUGGCUGUGUCGGAGCCCAGUGAGGCACUUGAGCUGGUGGGAACAGACAUUCUCCCCAAACCUGUCAUUUCUGCUUCCCCUCCAAUCCGGGGUCAGAAACUGCAAAUCCGUUGCAAAGGAUGGCUGGCAGGCAUGGGAUUUGCUCUGUAUAAGGAGGGAGAGCAAGAACCUGUCCAGCAACUUGGUGCCGCUGGGAGAGAAGCCUUCUUUACAAUCCAAAGAAUGGAGGAUAAAGACGAAGGCAAUUACAGCUGCCGCACUCACACUGAAAAGCGCCCCUUCAAGUGGUCCCAGCCCAGCGAGCCCCUGGAGCUUGUCAUAAAAGAAAUGUACCCUAAGCCCUUCUUCAGGACAUGGGCCAGCCCUGUGGUCACCCCUGGUGCCCGAGUGACUUUCAAUUGCUCCACCUCCCACCAACACAUGAGUUUUAUUCUUUACAAAGAUGGAAGUGAAAUAGCAUCCAUUGACAGAUCAUGGGCAAGCCCCGGGGCCAGUGCAGCUCACUUUCUGAUCAUUUCUGUGGGCAUUGGUGAUGGAGGAAAUUACAGCUGUCGUUAUUAUGACCUUGCCAUUUGGUCUGAGCCCAGUGACCCUGUGGAGCUCGUGGUGACAGAAUUCUACCCCAAACCUACUCUCCUGGCACAGCCAGGUCCUGUGGUGUUUCCUGGGAAGAAUGUGACUCUGCGCUGCCAAGGGACUUUCCAGGGCAUGAGGUUCGCCCUCUUGCAGGAGGGAACCCAGGUUCCCUUACAGGUCCAGAGUGCUUCAGGAAAUUCAGCUGACUUCCUCCUCCACACUGUCGGAGCAAAGGACUCUGGGAACUAUACCUGUAUCUACUAUGAGACAACCAUGUCAAAUAGGGGGUCAUAUCGCAGUAUGCCCCUUAUGAUCUGGGUGACAGACAUAUUCCCCAGGCCAUGGUUGUUUGCUGAACCCAGUUCUGUGGUUUCCAUGGGGCAGAAUGUUACUCUCUGGUGCCGAGGGCCAGUCCAUGGAGUAGGGUACAUUCUGCACAAGGAAGGAGAAGUCACUUCAGUGCAGCUCUGGGGAUCUACCAGUAAUGACGGGGCAUUCCCCAUCACCAAUAUAUCUGGUACUAGCAUAGGACGUUACAGCUGCUGCUACCACCCUGACUGGACCAGCUCAAUCAAGAUACAGCUUAGCAACACUCUGGAACUCAUAGUCACAGGCUUGCUCCCCAAACCCAGCCUAUUAGCCCAGCCUGGUCCCAUGGUGGCCCCUGGAGAAAAUAUGACUCUUCAUUGUCAAGGAAAAUUUCCAGACUCAACAUUUGUCCUGAUGAAGGAGGGGACUCAAGAGCCCUUAGAGAAACAGAGGCCAAGUGGGUACAGGGCUGACUUCUGGAUGCCAGCAGUGAGAGGUGAAGAUUCUGGGAUCUAUAGCUGUGUGUAUUAUUUGGACUCUGCUCCCUUUGCAGCUUCAAAUCACAGUGACUCCCUGCAGAUCUGGGUGACUGAUAAGCCCCCUAAACCCUCUCUGUCAGCCUGGCCCAGCACUGUGUUCAAGCUAGGAAAGGAUAUCACCCUUCAGUGCCGAGGACCCCUGCCAGGUGUUGAAUUUGUUCUAGAACAUGAUGGAGAAGAGGCACCUCAGCAGUUCUCAGAGGAUGGGGACUUUGUCAUCAACAAUAUAGAAGGAAAAGGCAUUGGAAACUACAGCUGCAGCUACCGCCUCCAGAGCUACCCUGAUAUCUGGUCAGAACCUAGUGAUCCCCUGGAGCUGGUAGGGGCAGCAGGGCCUGUUGCUCAGGAGUGCACUGUGGGGAACAUUGUCCGAAGCAGCCUGAUUGUGGUGGUUGUUGUGGCCUUGGGCAUAGUGUUAGCCAUAGAAUGGAAGAAGUGGCCUCGACUCCGAACUAGGGGCUCAGAGACAGAGGGAAGAGACCAGACCAUAGUCCUUGAAGAGUGUAACCAAGAAGAAGAAGAACCAGCUACCACCACCACAAGUUCUCCCUCAUCAACCUCCCAGGGAAUCUCUGUGGAACUGCCAGUCCCGAUAUAAUGUCAUCCUCCUUUACAAAAGCUUUCCUCUCCUCUCUUUUACCCUGAGACCUGUAAAUUUCACUGAUUACCCUGAGAGUCAGUCCCAUCUACUGCUCCUUGCCCUCUAAUCACCUGAACUAGGUCAAGGGAAUUCUGAGAGUUGAGAACUCUCCCAGGAUGAGAUGUUUCCUGAAGAGAGGUUCCCCACCCCUAUAACUCCUCAUUGUACUGAUUUACUGGUGCAUGAAAUUCUAUUAAAAUGUAUCCUUCUGAAUAAAGAGUCAUUCAUUAUUUAACU